AUCAACCAGACAAAGCCAAACAACCAAAUAGCCAAAGCACCGAGUUUACUAUAUAUAUAAUAACGUAGCUAUAAUAUACACGCACCUCUUACCAACUCAACUUCCACUCUCGUCAAUCAUCACAGACAAUGGCUUUCACCAAUGUUUUCCUCGCUCCUUCAUUCGCCCUACACGGUGGUAGGGUUUCUGAUCCGCGUUCCAUUCCGCUCCUCUCUCCUCCUUCCGACGUCGUCUUCCGUUCCUCAACCUCCUUCUCUAGGAACGGGAACAUUAUAUUUGCUUCUGCAUAUCAUGUGAAUGCAGUUGGUUCCGCUUCACUGAAAUCCAGUGACAAUCCCGACAAUGUUCCUAUGCCAAUAGUUCUAAUUGACCAAGACUCAGAUUCUGAAGCAACAAUUGUGCAGCUUAGCUUUGGGGAUCGCCUUGGAGCUCUUCUUGACACGAUGAAAGCAUUAAAAGAUCUGGGACUGGAUGUUUCAAAGGGAACUGUCUCUACGGAGGGAUUAGUCAAGCAAACGAAAUUUUUCAUUACACAAUCAGAUACUGGGCGCAAAGUUGAAGAUCCUGAUAUGUUAGAGAGAAUUCGACUUACCAUCAUUAACAAUCUGUUAAAAUAUCAUCCUGAGUCAAGUGAACUACUAGCGAUGGGUGAAGUGUUUGGCAUAAAGUCUCCGAAGAAGAAGCGUAAUGAGGAUAUCAAAACUCAUAUACAGGUUAAGGAAGAUGGGCCCAAGAGGAGCUUGCUAUGUAUAGAGACGGCAGAUAAGCCUGGAUUGCUUGUUGAAAUCAUCAGAGUCAUUUCAGAUGUGAACAUUGAUGUUGAAUCGGCUGAGAUUGAUACAGAAGUAUCUUCCUCUUUGUCUAUGUCGCCUUCUGUUUGCCCCAUUUACCCUUAAGUAACUUU